AUGAACGCCAUUGUUCAAAGGUCAUUUGACAGUCUUGAAACAUCCCUGGAGAGUUUGGUUGAAUCCGUGUCAUCGUACAACCCGUCUCCCCCGGCUGCAAUAGCUGUUGUAAACGCCGAUGAUAUUUUGACCGAGAGCCUUGAACAGCUGGAUGAACACCAGCAGAAUCACCAAAGAAUUUUAUCUCUUCGGGCAACCUCAGAAACACUGAAUAAACAGCUCACAGAGCUUCUUGAGACUCUAUCAGAAGCACGGAAGGAGGUUCUCAAUGUGCCCAUGACCAAAUUCCCACAAUCCAAUGAGGUACCUUACAAUGAACUCCUGACAUAUGCUCGCAAAAUCUCGAAAUAUACACGUCCCCCGCAGUCAUCGAGAUACACGCAAACGGCUUCAGCAGACCAUGUAUCUGGACUCACCGAUAACUCAAAUAGUUCCAUGAAUAAUAACAGCAACGGAGACACAGGACACGCAGACUCACAAGCCACUCGUGCUCUCCCUCUUGGUCUUUCGGAAGAAGAUGUUACUGCUCUGGAUCCAUCCUCCCAGAUGCCAUUCACACCUUGGCCAAGUGAAGAAGUCAUGAAGCGUGGGGCCCUUUCUCAUAUGGGGUAUGAGGAAGAAUUGCGCGCGAAGGGCCUGCCUAUUCCGGAUUUCUUUUCGAACCCAACCGUCAACGGACAGACCGCGAGCACGAACGUGGAACCUCAAAGAGAUGCUCCAACUAGAGUGGAGACUGUGGCAGUACAAUCUCAACAUCACGAAAGACCGAAGGAAACGCAACCUCCUCCGGGGCUCUCCUUGAGCCUCGAUUUAUAUGACCCAGAUGAAGAUUGA